AUGGCGUCCCUCACCACCAUAGCCAUAAUCACACUCCUGAUUCCAAUUGCCACAUUUUUUGUGAUUCCCGCCGCGGUGGGAUACAUCCUAAAACUUGCUCUGCGCAGCCUAGGCUGGUCUCUGAAGAACAAGACCAAUGCACGCAGGGAAUUGAUCCUGUCGCAAGUGCGCGUUGAGGAAGAGCAUUAUCAAGAAACUGCUAAAUCAGCGGUGUCGUCUUCGGCGGGUCCGGAAGAUGAUGAUUGGGAGAGGGUGGAUGGUACGGUGCCGAGUGUAGCUGGGAAUGGGGAGCCCUUGGGUGAGGAUUGGGAGGGUAUUAUUGGAUUCUUUCAUCCAUUCUGCAACGCCGGAGGAGGUGGUGAACGUGUUUUGUGGGCUGCAGUGAAAGCCACGCAGGAACGCUGGCCAAAGGCCGUAUGCGCUAUAUACACUGGCGACUAUGAUGUCACCAAAGCAGCCAUGCUCGAAAAGGUCGAGACCCGCUUCAAUAUCAAACUCCACGCUCCAACAGUAGUCCUACUCUACCUCUCAACACGCAAAUACGUCCAAAGUAGCAUGUACCCCCAUUUCACCCUCCUAGGUCAGUCCCUAGGCUCUCUAAUCGUGGCCUUUGACGCCUUCAACCUUCUUGUGCCAGACAUCUUCAUCGACACCAUCGGCUACGCUUUUACGAUUGCAUUAUCAAAAUACAUUUUCCCCUCAGUCCCCACGGGGGCGUAUGUGCACUACCCCACCAUUUCAACAGAUAUGCUAACCUCCCUUGACGACAACACGGGGAUCAAGGGUCUCAACUCUGGCGCUGGAUCCGGAUGGAAAGGUGUGGCGAAGAAACAGUAUUGGCGCCUCUUUGCGCGUCUGUAUGGAUGGGUGGGCAGUAAAGUGGACGUGGUCAUGACAAACUCGUCGUGGACAUCAGCCCAUAUCAACUCCCUCUGGGGACCUGCACGCCGCAACAGGGAACUGGUAUAUAAAGAUGCGUCCGUCGUGUUUCCGCCUACAGCAGUAUCGGAAAUCAACUCUGCUAUUGAAGUGACUGCGGCCACGGAAGCAAGCCGUGAACCAAACCUCUUAUAUAUCGCUCAAUUCCGCCCAGAGAAAAAUCACGCUCUUAUUCUCCGCGCAUUCGCGCGCUUCAUGCAAAACCGAAAGAGUAACAAGACCGCACGUGGGACGGCAGAGCCAAAAUUGAUUUUGAUCGGAUCAGUCCGCCACUCCAGCCCCGACGAAACACACAUCUACCACCUCCGCCUUUUGGCUCAUGAAUUACAGAUCCGCGACCAAACAACCUUCAUCUGCGACGCAAGCUGGCCCACCAUCCUCUCGCAUCUGCGUACUUCAUCCAUAGGCACAAACGCCAUGUGGAAUGAACACUUUGGCAUUGGCGUAGUUGAGUACCAAGCCGCCGGCCUGAUUAGCGUUGUGCACGAUUCAGGCGGUCCACGAGAAGAUAUCGUUAUCAACUUGGACGGAAAGGGGGAGACGGGAUUCAGAGCGUCAACAGAAGAAGAAUUCGCAAAGGGGUUUGAGGAUGCGUUAUCUCUGCCAGUCAAUGAGAAAGUGGCCAUGAGGUUAAGAGCAAGGAGGUCAGCGAUGAGAUUUACGGAAGAGGAGUUUGCAAGGAAGUGGAUUGUGGAGGUUGGGAAGUUGAUUGAUUUACGGAGGAAGUAG